CCUAAUCUUCAAAAGAAGAACACCCCACAACAAUUUGUUGACUUGAUGGCUAACACCCUAAAAGGACAACUCAAGAGACUGUACGAAUAUGGUGCUCGUAAACUCGUUUUCACCGGAAUCGGAGCCAUAGGGUGUGUUCCGGCAGAAACGGUUAAAAACGAAACCCAUGAAUUCAGUGAAGAACACAAUUUUUGGUCUGUCAAAUACAAUGAAGCGAUGAAAGCAAUGUUGAAGGGAUUAAAAUCAGAAAUCCAAGGCAUAAAUUACUCUUAUUUUGAUACUUACAGUGUCAUGCAGAAUGUGAUACAAAAACCAUCUUCUUACUGGUUCAAUGAGAUACAAAGAGCGUGUUGUGGACUUGAGGAUUUGAAAGCUAAAGUUCCUUGUGUGCCCGUUUCCAAGUAUUGCUACAACAGAGCGAUCAUGUUUUCUGGGAUUUGUAUCAUCCGAUUGAGGCGACGGUUAGGGUUUUCGUGGAUAAUAUUUUUGAUGGUCCUUCACAGUAUUGUUUCCCAAUGA